AUGUUUAGUCCCCUUUACUUUUCUAUUGCUGAAAUUGUUCUCUUAUUAAUUACAACAGUGCCAUUCAUUGACGUAGACCUAUCACCAUUAUCACGGUCAGCACGUCUGACUAUUGUUCAUCGAAUGACUGUAUGGAGAAAUCUAUUAGCCCCAUUUGUAAACCCUCGAGUAGAAGGAAUGGAUCCUGACUCGAAAGCUUUAGAAGAAAUGAUGAUGCUAUUUUAUCCGCAGCUAGCUCUAAGUCAUAACAUAACUGCCGAUGAAGUCAAAGUAUUUCGUAAACAAGCGAAACACAUGUUUACAAACUUAUAUCCAAGUCGACCAUCUACGUGCGUGGUACAAGGUCACGUAUUUCAACAUAAUGGCAAUUCGGUUAAGAUCUAUUUUAUUCAGCAUAAUAAGCUGGACGAUUGGGAAGAUGUGGAUACACCAUUGAUUUUAUAUCUGCAUGGAGGAGGCUUUGUGUUUGGUGAUAUCGAUCUGUAUGAUGGUGUAGAAUGUGAUCUAUCGAAAAGAAUGAAUAUGCUUGUAAUUCAUGUUGCAUUCGAUCUCGCACCGGAGCAUACUGUCGACAAAAUUCUGGUCGAUAUCACCGACGUGUAUCAAACUUUACUGUACAUUGAUCCAAAUAUUCAUCAACGAUUGAUCGGUAUGGGCGAUUCGUCCGGCGGUAUGCUUUGGAUUUAUCUUUUACAAUGGAUGAUAUCAAAUAAUAUCUCAGUUCCCCAAGGCAUUGUAUUGCAUUCGCCAUGGCCAAAUUUAAAUUUCGAUUAUAUCGAUUAUUCGACGAGGCCUAUGAUUUACUUAACUAUUGACAUGAUGUUCAAAUUUCGACAGCUAGCUAUUGGCGAAGGGAAGAUUUGGAGUAACUUGUCUCAUGAAGAAAAGCAAAAAUACAGUCCAAUCGAUGGGUUAUAUCAAGGGUUUCCUCCGCUUUAUAUAACAGCUGGAACAAGAGAUAUUUGUAUCAAUGAAGUUUAUCACAUGACAGAUCUCGCAGUGAAUCAAGGUGUGCAAAUAACUCUGAGAGUACUUGAAGGAAUGAUGCACGCCUAUCCACUAUUUCAUCUAUGGUCAGCUAAAGCUCAAUGUGUUCAGGAGGAUAUACAUCGAUGGAUUAAAGAAAAAUUGCACAAGUUUCCUCUCGAUACACAAAGCAACUUAUAUAAAUUUUGUUAA